GUGUCGUGUUUAUUAACAUGUAGUGUGUGGAAUGUGGUUUUGGAUGAAGCCCAAGCGCCCUCGUCCCCUCAGGGUUUCUAAGUGUGUGCAUGUGUGUUAGAGGGAGAGAAAUCUCUCAGAACUCCAGGACACACGCUGCGCACUCUGUACACACACACACACACACGUACACUGUACACACACGUACACUGUACACACACUCACGGCGCGCGCGCGUGCGUACGCUUCUUUUCCGGCCCGAUUUCGGGUCAUUGAUGUGUACACGUGCAAGUGGAAUCAUGCCUGCAUACCGCUGUCGGAGGAAACGGAGAAAAUAGAAGAUCCACUGAGUUUUGUUGGAAGUCUGAUGGUCCACAUGAAGGAGGCUAAGAUCGGAGGGUGCGCAUGUGUGUUGGUGUUGUUAUUUUCUGGGCUUGUCGCCUGCUCUGGUGUGUUUGGAAGCCCUCUGACUGACGAUGUGGCCACACUAGACACACUGAGAGAAAACAUUCCCAAGGAUUACAGAAUUCGCAUCCGUUACAUUUCCAAAGACGUGGGAGGGACGUGUUGGGUUCACCUGAACCUGUUUCCAGUUGAGAGCAGUUUGAAAAACUUAGCCCUGAAGUUUGGUAAUCUUUCAGCCAACAGAGAAAAUAUUACAAUCUUCAUCACCAUGCUGCAGGGACUUCGCUUCACCAUCGAUAACGAGGAGCUGGAGUCAACAAUGCAGGCCUUUGAGUGUCAUUAUCGGACUGCACGAUGGUCCACCAGACGCUAUUUCGACCACAUCAAAGAGGUUCUUGUAACGUUUGCCUCGACCCCCCGCCAGUUUUACUGCACUCCUCCUCCAUGUCCCACCCCUACUGCACCUCCAGUUACCGCAGACCGGCGUGUGAUUGACAGAGCGAUCCCAGGUGUUCUAGCGCUGAUUGUCAUUCCCUGUCUUGCUGUACUUGCACUCGUUCUCAGAACAGUGCUUUGUCAAAGAGUGCGCUGUGUACAACAGAGACACGAGGAGACACAUGACGUGGAGCCACAAAGUGACCCUGAAGUCAGUGUAGAAGUGUCACACAACGACAGUGAAUCAUGUGUCUUAAAUAACCAACGCAGGGCACAGCCGGCGGUUGAGGACACGGGAGUUUAAUUCGCCGCACCUAAAGUAUUUGAUGGCAUUCUUUGCAUAUAUGAAGUGCAUAAAGAAGGGCGUCGAACUGAAUCCCAGGAUGGACUGCUCUUACCAAGCCUCUUUCUCGGCUGAAAAGUUGUACACUAAACAGUUAGCCAUGUGUUUGAUGAAUAUCCAACAAUGACCUCAGUCGCAAGAAUCCUAAAAUCUUCCGCCCCCAGCGUUGGACUCUCCAGCUGCCCAAUAGAUAGUAAAUCAAUGUGCCUCUGCUGGAUUGCACAAACAGGAAGGCAUCCUUGAAAACAGCCUGGUGGAACGCUUUGGUGAUUUAGUGGUUUGGCCGGAACAGGAAGCACAGCUCUUUUGAUGAAAUGGUCACGGCAGAGGCGUGACCGCUGCGAUGCCUGCGGCAGGUUCAUCUCUUUGAGGCUGACUGCUGGUGCUGCAGGCCUUAUUUUGGAGGACAAAUGGCUUUUUUGUGUUGCAUUGCAGAGGCUUCUUCCAUGUUGCAGAGCGCCACUGCGGCAGAACAGUGGGCGUACUUGUCCUGGCGCUAUGCACGAUCGGGAGCACUGGAUGGCUGGGCGAAAGAUCCGUCGCAGAUUACAGCUCAUUCAUGAACGUUUUAGGAUUUCUGUGCGGUCACCAAACGUGGGCGUAAGAGGUACAGCGGUGGUGAUGGUGGCAUUGUUUAUCACAGGAGUGUGUUUGUUUGUGUGGGAAGAGUGGUAAGAGGCAUCACACUCAUGUUAGUAAAGCCAAGGUCAUCUUGUAUUCGGGAUGUAUUGUUUCUGGUGGUCAUAUUAAAAUGCAACAGUUGGAUGAGCUGGCCCACUCCGAAAGUGCGUCCUUUACAGAGCGAAAAAAACAAAGCCAGCCCACUCUUACCACUUCAUCUGGCGCUGAAAUUCCUGCGGUAUGGCGCCGAUCCAAACACGUCCAAAUCUGAUGGCCAGUAUAUAACGACACCACCGCUGUGAUUAGACUGUAUGCUUACAGCUGGACCAUUUUAAGCAUUAUAUAUACAUACAUACAUAAAUAUUACAUUUAAAUCACUAUAUAUAUACAUAAAUAAUAUAUUUAAAUUAUUAGCUUAAUUUCAAGCAUUUUGUCAUUUUUCAGGAAAACCUUUACCAUUGGUCAGCUUUUUGUCCACAAUUCAUUCUCCCCUUCUUAUAAGUGGUUCUUAUUUGCUGAAAAUUUUGCAACUUAAAUAGACAAAAGGAAUAAAGCAACUUGGUUCUGUAGCUGCAUGGUAUAUCACAAGAUCAAAUUAGCUUUACACUGUAUGAUUUUUAUCGCUGACAAAAUCAUUCUUUGGUCAUCAACUGAGGUCAGUAGCCAUUGAAUCCUGAGGCAUAUUUAGUGGCAUCGUGACAGUAUCCCAGAUUUUUUUUUUAAUGCAAAUCUUAGAGUGUAAGGGCUGCUAUGAUACAUAUAAAUCCCAGUGAAAGAGAAUGGCACAGAAUUACACAAGGCGCAAUGAGAAAAUGUAAAGGAACCACACUAAUGGACUGAACCGUAUCUCCGUAUUACCUCAAGCUCCUGCUGAAGAAUGUUUCUCUGGGUGUUUUCUGCACGAGCCCGGAUGGACGACGUAAGCAUCGUCGAGAGCUCCUGUGGUCAUUUCAUUUUCAUAUUCGUGUAAUCUGCUUUGUAUCAGGAUCAUUUUAUACAGUGUGACAAGUAAUCAUUUUUCAAAAGACGGAAAAACAACUCGGCUACUAAUAAACACGCUUAUCUCUAAAACAGGAGGAGAAAGAGCUGACUGUUUUCCUGACAAUAAGCAGAGAGUCAAAGUGCAUGAGAAUCGGGGCCACAUGAUGGAUCUGAGUCACGUCCCAUAAUUCGAUUCUCACUUUGUGUGUCUGUUUUGCUCGGGUUCUGAAGACGGGUUUAUCCGUGCAGCAGCUGCCCCGGAUUACGGCGUACAGUCGACGCAGUGCGUCUGGCCUGAACUGAAUAAGACAGGACUCUCUAUUGAAAACGUGUGGACUGAUGAAGUGUACGCUGUUGAGGAAGCGAUAUCAAACGUCCAUCAUCUUUCCAAACAUUGUGGUGAGCAAUUUUCUUCCUGACUCACAGUUUGAGUGCCAGUGUUGGAGAGGGCGAUUUGCUGCCCAUUCAGGUUUUAGGUGGAGGAAGUCUGAAGCUCUUUUGUCUCCCAGAGCUCAUCAACUCUCUCUCGCUCAAAUUAACAAUGCCACUGCUGUCCAGUAUUGUCAUAAAGCGUGACCUCCAGCUCGCGAUAUAUGAGGUCAGUAAUGGCAGACUGGCUAUCAUCAACCGCGGAGGGGCUUUAACAAAGACGUCUCUCAUGCCUGCACAGACACACCGCUUUUUAUGGUGUUAUUAGUCAUACUCUGGUCUAAACCCACUCUCUGCACACCAACUCAAAUCUGAACAGCACAACUACACACCAGACACACAUAUAGCCCGUGCACUCACAAUCCAGACACCGCUGAUCAACACCAUAUGAUUCCAGCAUCACUUCCUGAGUCAGACUGGAGCACCGAGAGGGGGAAUAGAACUCUGUGACUCACAAAAGUGUCUGUUUGAUGUCACAACAAGAUCCAAAUAUCAUGUCAAAGUUGUCAGCGAGCCAAAGGGUACGUGGCAUGUGAUGUUUUUUUUGUGUGUGUAUAAUUUAUUUAUUGGUUACGAUGACAGAAGUGUAUCAUAUGAAUCAUGUGUAUCAUUUUCCUACGUUAUCUCUAGAAACAGUAUUUAUUUUUUCUUUCCAACUUACUUGACCGGCAAAAACUUGACAGUAUUUAUCCUGCUGAUUAUUAUUUUUUCCAUCAUUUUUCAUCACACACCUGUCUAAUCUACAGAGCUGGAUUCAGUCAUCAUAACGGGAAAAUGGACCUGGGGUCAGUUUUUUUCUAUCCCGCUAAUUAAUUCGUCUUCAUAUCCUUUACAUGUCAAUAAGCAAAUGCUGUUAAACUGUUAUGUUACAAAAGUUUAUCAAAUCGUUAUACAGUAUUAUAAAUAAAAUAUGUUGGGAAACAAAGCAUGUUCUCUAAUGUUAUGGAAAAUAUCUGAUGGCUUAUGAAGUGAGAUCAUUAAAAAAAAAAAGUAUUUGAUCACGCAAUGUAUAUAGUCAAUUCUAAAAGUAUUGGCACCGCUCUAGAAAAUGAGCAGAAUUUGAUCUAUAGUAUGAAUUUUACAGCAUGAGAGCAUUUACUGGAUGAUUUUAUUCAUAGAGGAUGUGCACUGAAGCCUGAUGUCUCUCUUAAACCACAUGGAGCAUCCUGACACUAGAAAAAUCCACCAUAGUUUAGGAGUAGAGAGAGCUGUGAGUACCUAAGACUGAAACCCUGCAUAGCAAAUAAUGUGAGAGGUUAUACAGCAAAGAAAACGGGAGGUUUUUUAUAUAACAUAUAAUAAUAAGUGGAAGUGGAAUAAAAUGUUUUAAAAAAUUAAGAGAUAAAAGAAAUUAAAA